AGUUGAAACAUUGUAGCUAUCAAAUUAAGUAUCAAUUUUUUCAUCAAGUCACAUGAUAGAUUAAUAUAUCUAGUUGACUUUCUAACUAUCGCUAAGUGCUAUUGCGCAUAGAACUAACCAAAAUCCAUGCACAAUCAUGAAUUACUUUUCAUCAUGUAUUUAUAUGAAAGUUGAGAGUGUGAGAAUUAUCUAAAGAAGCUCCAUUUAUAUAAGCCAACAGCACAAGGACAAAUAAGAAAAGAACAGUAGAGCGAGCCUUCAUGGGAUCAGUUGAGUGCUUUCUUUAUGAAUCUGAAAAGUUGUAUAACCAUUUACAGUUAUGCUACUUAAUUUGUGUUAUAUAAGAAAGUCGGGAAGCAAUCAAUAAUUAUUAUCUGGGAAUCAAAAUUGAUAAAGUUAGUUUUCAUGUUGAGGGAGUUAAUGUGAAGAGUGAAUGUGGGGUUCAUUUCCAAAUGUGGAAAACCCACUUGCGACUUUGCCAUUAGAUUUGCACUGUGGUUUCUUCUUCACAUCAGCUGUCAUUUUUAAGCAUGCAAACACCACUACAUAAAGGAAUCUUCUUGUUCUCUAGCAAUAUGUGCUAAGGGCUGUUCCCACCUCUCCUACACACACUAAGCCACUAACAUCUCCUCCUUUUAUCAUAUUUCUUUCUUGAAUUGGCAGUGAACCUUCUGCAUUUACGCAAGUUGGUUAAAAAAAAUCAUCCAAAGUCCAAACUAUACUAAUUAAUUAAUUUACUAGGUGAAAAUGCACAUUGUCUUCUCAAAUGCUAUUUAAUCUUCUAGCUCAUCCAUGGGUAAUUAAAUACAUAUCUAUACCAUCGGCUUCAAAUUUUGCAUGGACACUCGAAUAGAGUUUAUCUUUAUCCCGUCUUCCAAACAAAAAGUUGAGCCAUUGAUGUUUUAACAAAUUUAAUUUUGUAACUCCCGACAUAUAUGAUUAACAACACAAAAGAUUCUCAACUCUUUAUGAUUUAUGUAAUCAUAGCCUUCAAACUGUUACCAAUCUUGUAAUUAUAACCUCCGUAGCCAUUAUGUAUAUUUGUGAAAACGCUUACGAUUUUGUACUAUAUAUAGAGGUGGUAUCUGACUUAGAAAAGUACACCAGCAUUCGCGUCUUGUUUCAUUUUUUAUUUUAUUUUUUUGCUACCUGUUUCUAAAACACAAGGCAAACAUUGGCAACAUUAUGGGACUCCUUGCUGGCCAAGAUAGUGACUUUGGCAAGAUCAUAUCUGGAUCUACAUAGUUAAAAUCAGACUCAUACAGAAAAUGAAGUUCAUGAGACUUGGAAAAAGGCCAGACACAUUCUAUACAGGCGAAGCCACAAGAACCAUGGUUUCUGACUUACAAACUGAUCUCACCAUUCGCAUCAACAACAUCACUUAUCUUCUCCAUAAGUUUCCACUUCUUCAAAAGUGUGGCCUCCUGCAACAACUUUGCUCAGGGAAGGGAGACACUACUCUGGAGCUUCAUGAUAUUCCUGGUGGUGAAAUAUCUUUUGAGCUGUGUGCAAAGUUUUGUUAUGGGAUCAAGAUUGACCUCAGUGCCCAUAACUUUGUAGCAGCAGUAUGUGCAGCAAACUUCUUGCAGAUGACAGAAUCUGUUGUGAAAGGAAACUUUGUCUCGAAGCUUGAGCUUUUCUUUACUUCAUGCAUUCUUCAAGGGUGGAAGGAUUCUGUUGUCACAUUGCAGACUACAGAAAGGUUUCAUGAAUGGUCUGAGAAUCUUGAAAUUAUCAGAAGGUGCAUCGAUUCUGUAGUUGAUAAAAUACUCACACCCACAACAAAGGUAAGAUGGUCCUACACUUAUACUAGACCAGAAUAUGCAGAAAAGAAGCACAAAUCUGCACCCAAAGAUUGGUGGACAGAAGACAUAGCAGACCUGAAUAUAGACCUAUUCAGAUGUGUCAUUAAUACUGUAAGGUCAACAGACAUGAUUCCACCAAAGCUUAUAGGUGAAGCUUUGCAUGUUUAUGCAUGUCAUUGGCUUCCAGAUGUUACAAGGGGUAGAUCUGAUCAGCCUGAAACAUCAACAUCUUCUCAAAUCACACAAGAAGAAUCUUUAAACAGAAAGAAACAACUUGAGAUGAUUGUAAGCUUAAUUCCAGAAGAUAGAGGAUCAGUUUCAGUUCGAUUCCUACUGAGACUCCUUAGAAUGGUGAAUCUUUUAGGGGCAUCUUCAGCCAUACAUAAGCAACUUAUUAGGAAAUGUAGCUUGCAGUUAGAGGAGGCAACGCCAAAUGAUUUGCUAUUAUUAUUACCUUUACAUGAUCAUGACUCUUCUGGUGAUCAUCAUCAAACUUAUGAUAUUGAUUUGGUAAUGGCUGUCUUGGAGGGUUUUAUCACACAAUGGAGAAAAUCAUAUUCUAGAGAUGAAGAACAAUCAAUGAUUUUGAUUUCAAAAAUUGCAAAACUCAUAGACUCUUAUCUCCAAGUUGUCUCCACAGAUGCAAACAUGUCGGUAGAGAAAGUAGUGUCUCUUGCCAAUAUGUUACCUGAAUUUGCUCGACCUGAACAUGAUGAUCUUUACAAGGCAAUCGACAUUUAUCUAAAGGAACAUCCCCAAAUGAGCAAGGAAGAGAAGAAGCGUUUGUGUAGCAUUUUGGAUUGCCAUAAGUUGUCUGCAGAAGCACGAGCACAUGCAGUAAAAAACGAGAGGCUUCCAUUGAGAACUGUUGUGCAAGUUCUUUUCUUUGAACAGGAGAAACAUGGUGGAAAGGCAACAACAACAACAAGCCAUGAAAGUCGAAAACAUGAUAUAAUACAACCUCAGGGCAUAAAAAUAACAUACUACACAGGAGAUCAUCUGAGAAAUUUACAAGCGCGAUCAGGUGAUCAGUCUAAUAAAGCAGAGGAUGAUAGACGACGAAGUGCUCUUAGCAGUAAAAGCCAAAAGCUUGAACGAGAAUCAGAGCAGAAGUCGAGGGGGAAAAAUGUUCAUGAAAUCAUGGAGGAAGGAAUUAGUAAACAAAAUCUUACAAAAGUAAAGAUACAAAGAAGUAAAUCAGAACAUGGUCGUCGUAAAGGCAAGUAGAAAAUGGACAUUCGUGUUGUUUAUCAAUUCAUUACUACCUUACAUUGUAAAUUCUCUAAUAUCCGAAAGUAAUCUUUAGUUACUGUA